AUGCCGCCGAAGAGUCGCACUGCUUCUCCCGGGCCAGUUGCCCGAAAGGAGUCAGAAGACCCAGAGGUGCGACGACGCAAUGCCGCCAACGCUGAAACCAAAGCAAAGGCAGCACCGGAGAAGAAGACGAAGGAUGCGACGCCUGCCAAAGCAGAGCAGGCCGAGCGGGCAGGAGGACGUCCGUUCUUUCGCGAGAAGUCAAUCUACGCUUUGCAACCGGAUGCCCGGUGGCUGCAGCCGAGCCUGGCUUUUCCGAUCUAUGCCAGCACGCUGCUGAUUACCCUCGCUUGCUGCUUGUUUUUGGAGCCAUCUUUCAAAGCUCUACGCUUGCAGUACACGGUUGUUGCUUCGGGCUUGCUCCUCUACCGCAUGUAUUACUAUGCGCGCAAAGAGUGGAUGCUCUUCUUUAUCGACCUGUGCUUCGUCAACAGCAUCUUGCUUUUAUACAGCCUCUGGUCUUGCGAAUCUGGCUGUUCUCGCGAAUGGUUGUUGGCGACGUACAUCGUCGCCCAAGGACCUGUGGCAGGUGCGACAUUCCCAUUGCAGACGCCGCUGACGCUCCACCACCCGGAGGCUUUCGAGAGCUUCUUCCUCCAUGCGUCGCCGAUGUGGAUGGCUUACGCUGUGCGCUGGCGCUGGCCGAAUCUUCUGGGCCCCAUCCCACCAGUCUCUGAGUUGCUGUCCGUUGGCUUCUGGCGUCUCUACUUCCCCUGGAGUGCUUGCUACCUAGUCUUCCUGCUGCUGCAGCCGUUCCUCCCGGACAGGAUAGCUGGAUUGGAGACCCUUAUGGAUGGCUUCAUCCUGCCCGCAUCCACCGCGCAGUCUCGCCUCACCGCCAAGAGACAGGAAUACUCGAAAUAUGCCUUCAAUGUGAUGAAAGCCACGAUUCUGCAUGCAGUGCUUUCUGGAUCGGGCUUCCUGGCGGCGGCCAUGGCUUACCAGUACCAUGAGGUUCAGGUCGUCUGGAUCUUCUGCGUGCUGCUCGGCUGCUUGGCCUCAGGAGCUCGGUUCUACUACCAGAGUGCGACGCCGGACUACGUACCGCCGGGAGUUUACCGUGGCUUUCGCAAUAUGGGCUUGGCCUGGGCCAUGGUCUUACCGACAUAUCUUCACUGCGCCGGAUAUGUGCCUUGGCUUUAG